CUGUGGCCUUUUCUGUGUGCGGGUGAUUCCCCAGAACAUAAAUCAGAAAUUUAAUCAAUCUCACGUGCCGACUUGCAGUUACCAAACGGAGUGAUUAAGUAUACGCCAGCUUCGCACUACUUCGCGACCGGAAGCGGAAGUUGCCGGGCCGGAAGUUUGGUUGCCUGUUGCCAACGUCCUUCUCUGUAAUGGUGAUGGCUGAUGGGGGAUAAGGUGUUGCUAAAACACAAAGCUCGCAGCGGAAAUCGAGGAAGUGUUGGGACUUAUAAUGCCCCAACUCUGGCUUAAGCACACAAAUCCAGCAUAAUGCAGCGCUGAGGCCAGGGCAACAAAUAAAUCCACGACACACACUACAGCUGGAGCUGAACAAUCGGAGGAGGACGUGGACGAGGAGGGCACUCCACUUGACGACCAGCGAUUUCUAAACAGGAGACGUCGACAAAGCGGCCAGCGGCAUGGCGGACCUGGAGCGCAUUCGCCUCGUCCUUCUGGGCGGCGCCGGCGUGGGCAAGAGCUCCAUUGUGAAGCGUUUCCUGUUCAAAACCUACACGGACAAAUACCGCGCUACCGUCGAGGAUCUCUACAAUCGCGAGUACGACCUAGGGGGCGUCACACUAAAGGUGGACAUCCUGGACACGUCGGGUGACAUGCAAUUCCCGGCCAUGCGGCGCCUGUCCAUCGCCACGGCGCACGCGUUCAUGCUCGUCUACGCGGCCACAUCGGCGCCCAGUUUCCAGUGUGUGAAGCAGUGCUUCGAGGAGAUCCGCGAGCAGCGCGGCGAUUUCCAGGACAUCCCCAUUGUGAUCGCCGGGAACAAGGCCGACCUGGCCACCACCCACCGGGAGGUCAAGCUGGAGGAGGUGACCGAUUGGGUCUUCUGCGAGCUGCCGCGGCUACGGGCAAAAGUGCUGGAGUGCUCGGCGAAGGAGGACAGCAACGUGACCGACCUCUUCAAGUCCCUGCUCUCCCUGUCCCGCUUCCUGCCCGCCAGCAGCAGCGGGAGCGGGGGCAGCGGGACCGCCGGCGAGGCGGCGCCCAGUGGUUUCAAGCGCCGCUCGUCGGCCUACGUCAGCGCAUCGUCCAGUCGCAAUAAAAAUCGGAUGAACAGCCCGGCCCUGGGAGGAGCCGGCGGCAGUGGGGACAAGAAGGCCUCGAGCCUCGUGGACGCCGUGGAUGUGGCCAGCACCAGUGCGGAGGCCAAGCUGAAGCCGCGUUCCAGAUCGCUCAUACGCCGCGCAUCACGCAAGACCAAGCAGCAAAUCAACAACGCAUCCGACGACUGCAAUGUGCAGUAAACUAUUAUUUUGGCCGGCAGCCCGACGCUUAAUUAUGUUAUUAUGUUUGGCCACAAUAUGUAUUAAUAAUGGGCGCCAGUUAAUUAGCGCGCACAAACAAGUGGCGCAGUAUUUAUGUUCGGUGCAAUGGGCUGAUUAUUCUGAUAAUAUAAAACUCACAAAAACCCACUUGCUCAAGGGCAAACAAAGCCAGUGCGAUAAAUUUUGCAAACUCUAUAUGUAGUAACUUCCGUAAUUUAUUUACUGUGUGUUUGGAUCGAAUAUGAAGCAAAAACUGCAGCUUCAAAAUGAUGCCAUGAUGACACUGGUCAAGGGUUAGAAAUAUUUUUUAAAGACAUUAAGUAGAUAAGUAGGUAGCUCUGUACUUACCCUAAAAAUCAAAUAAUUCUCUUAGUUUUUAUACAUAAUACGUUUUUCUUUCCAGUAGAUUUAACAAACAUUUUAUAUCGUUUUAAUCCAGUGUCAUCGGAGCACAAAAGAUAAGGGAUUGUUCUGACACUAAGCUGACUUGCGAGGGAAUUAUGCACAUCAAUCUAUUUCCGGUCAUUAACGUUUAAAGGGACCAGGUUUAUUUAAAUUUAAAAUUAACUUUUAUACGACAAACAAUUUCGAUUUCAAUUUUCAUAAAUUUUAGUAUAGACUUUGGGUACGCAAUUUGAAUUUAAUUGAGAGAGAAGCCGAGAGACAGGGGCGAUAUUUUAAAGAAUCGUAAUACCGUUCGGAGAGUUCCUUUUGAUGAGAAAUUAAUGGCUCAGCUGUUGUUGUUGUUUGUUGAAGGGGGUGCUUUUUUGAGGAAGGACUAAGUUAAACACGUUUUCCACUGAUGGAUUGUCAUAACAUUAUGAUAGGUUGCAUAGCUUUAAGGUAAAUUCUAGAAUGCUAAUUUAUAAAGCUCUAUCUGCACCCUUAGCCGACACCAUAGUUAAUAUUACAACGUUCCGUAUAUAGUACAUAUAUAUUAACAACAAUCUUGAUGGAUGGGUACGAGUGUUUAUAUUUGCCUUGAGCCCAACUCGCUCGGUAAGACGCCAAAUUGAAUCCCAGCGACAGGGUGAAUUGGGACUCAAGGCAAGUUUUGUAAGAAUAAAGCAAUUUCGCGGCAUUCUCCUUUGGCCCCGGCCACGUAAAAUAACAAAAACUUUAACACAGAGAGCACAAAACAAUUUACUAUGCGAAAAACGUAAUUGUAAAGUAAAUUUGAUGAGUCCGCGAAAGAGGGCGAAAUCACGAAAUGCUUAUCAAGGAUAAUACAGGGUGACCUUCUUAUGCUAAAUUGCCAAAUCAAAUGCCCCACAGUGCACAUCAAGUUCGCAGGCGAGAGAUUUAUGGCAGAGAAUAAUCGAUAAAUCUGUUUUUAAUACGCAACUUUUGCAUGCGAGUUACUUUCUCCUUGGCGAAAGCACAAGUUACACUUGCGUGAGUUCGCCAGUGUGUGAUAAGAAUCCUUUGUGUUUGUUUACCGGAAUGUGCUUAGCAAAUAAGAUUUAUUUUAAAGACUACUUUUAGGCGGUACUGAGUAUGGCAGGAUUACUUAGAGAUCUGUAAAUGGAUGGAGUACGGCAUAUGCAAAGUGAAUUGUGAUUAAACCAAGUACAUCUAAAUAAAUGUACAACUGAAAAACGAGUGCAAACAGUGCACACAGAGAUUUCAGUAAUGGAAAAAUAGUAUUGUUGCUUUCGUCCAGAGAGGAUUGACAGGCCAGACCUAGUUAUACAUAUACUAUAUAUACGGCAUUAUGCAUUAAUGUAUUUAUUACCUAGUCUGUACUAAAACCAACAAGUUUGUGUAUACAGUUUGGAUGUUUGUUUACAAGUAAUGCGUUUAUACAUACAUUGUUACUAGGUGUAGUUAAUUGACAACAAAUCUGAAGAGCCCAACCCGUACUCGAUCUCUAAUCAACUAACCGCAACUUAUAUCAUCAACCAAUGGGAACACAGGGGUCAGGAGGCAUUCGACCGCCGCGGGAGGACGAGAUGCGCGUUAUAUCAGAGUAUAUCAGCUGACUUAUCCAACUUACCCGAUUUUAAAUACAUAUUCGUGUACGUAAUUCGAUUGUUCUAACAAAUGAAUGGAAUCGCACGGCGACAAACCGUUAUUUACCUACUACUCUAUACAGAAUCGAAAGAUCGUAACUUGUAACCCUAAAAUAGUCGAAGAAAAACCCAAAUUAACUCUCUAAGUGUGCGUAUGUGUGUCAUGUACUUGUAACUAAUUGAAUUUCAAUUCAAAUUGAAUUAUUGACAAUUGUAUUAGCCAGUUUAAAUAAACCACAAUGCGUCCCAGGCAUCGGUGUAAAAUGUU